AUGUCUACUCUUUCGUUAUAUAAGUUUGUCGCAAAACGCCCCUUUCUCACAAAUCUGCUGAAGCCGGUCGCCAAUUCAUAUGCAAACCUCUCGGGUUAUAGGAAGCUCGGCCUAAGGUAUGAUGACAUUAUAAUGGAGGAGAACGAGACAGUUCAGAAGGCAUUGAAACGCCUUACAGUUGAAGAAGAGAACAGUCGAGUUAUGCGUUAUCGGAUUGCUUUUCAACAGAGUCUACAGCAGACUAUUUUACCAAAGGAACAAUGGACAAAGCCCGAAGAUGAUAUCAGAUACUUGACCCCACAUAUUAACGAGGUUGUUGCGGAAGAGAAGGAGCGGGAAGCGUUUGAUGCUUUGAAGAUUAUAAAGAAUUGA